AAUAUUGCAGUUCUAGUGUUCAUAAUUACAUUUGCAAAUCUACGUGUAUUUCUAUGCAUAUGUGUGUGCAUCAGAAUUUAUUGUUGAUUUGCGUGUUUUUGAAUUGUUUAUUUGUUAUUUGUGAUUUGUGAAGUUUACAAUGACAAUGAAAAUUAUGAAUCUUGAACUUUCGCCGCGCCGCAGCUUUUACGGCGUCAGCGAAAUGGCCACGCACAAGUCGAGGCCGAACUGAAAGGAAGGUCAAGUUGUCUUCCAAGAGUUCGCCCAUAUAAAAGCGAGUGUUAACAAAUUGGCUAGCAACAAAUUUAAUCACAAGAUCAUGCAUAGUACAUUGCUCUCACUACUUGCUCUGGGCAGUUGCAUUUGGAUGCAAUGCAGCAUCGCGGAGGCACAGACUAAGCCGCAGCUGCCGCACUUCGAUUUGACACGUUUGUUUGGUGGACGCAGCAGCGAGCCACUUAUAACGCUGCUCGACCGCAAUUUGCCCGAGGUGCAACAGAUGAUUGAACGGACGAAGAAGAGCUGCCUGAAUCAGCUGAAAAUGCCAGCGGCGCAGCGUUCACUAAUCAGAGAACCAAAUCCCACCGAGAAGGAGAAAUGCCUGCUCGAGUGCGUGCUAAAGGGCAUCAAAAUUAUGGACAACGGCACCAACAAGCUGAAUCUGGGCCGUGUGGAGCAGCUGACCAGCCUGGUCACCGAGGACAACAAGGUGGCCAUCGCGUUGAGCUGCAGCCUCGCCCAAAGCUGCAAUCGAGCAGUAACCACACAGAAGCCGUGCGAGGCGGCGCAUCAGCUGAACCAAUGCAUUGGCCGGCAGUUGGAACGCAAUCGUGUCAAGCUUAACUGGUGAGCCUUAGUGGUCGGCUACCCA